UACUUCAGCUUCCUCAUUGGCUGGUCCAGCAACACAAAUACUCAAUUCCUCAACCAAAACAAGCCUAAUAUCUAAACACUGCUCAUCACUGCUGCCACUUUUUAACUUCCAACUUCUUCCAUUUACAUUACACUGAUUCCCACAACAUCGAUAGCUAACCUUUUCAUCUUUUACCAAAAAAAAAAAAACGUAAAAUUGCUCAGAAAAUGAAGACUAUCCCUCUGAUUCUAAUGGGCUGCGGAGGAGUUGGUUGUCACCUUCUCCAACACAUUGUUUCCUGCCGCUCUCUUCACUCCUCACAGGGACUGUGCUUGAAUGUUCUGGGAGUAAGUGAUAGUAAAUCUUUGGUGGUUACGGAGGAUUCGUCGAAUAAAGGAUUGGAUGAUAAAUUCUUGAUGGAACUUUGCCGUGUCAAGCGUGAUGGCGGCUCUCUAUCGAAACUUGGUGAUCUUGGAGACUGCCGGCUAUUUUCUCAUCCUGAAUUGCAAGAAAGGAUUCUAGAGCUUGCCUCUCAACUUGGUGGCAAAACAGGUUUGGUCUUUGUAGAUUGUUCUGCAAGCUCAAACACAGUUGCGGUGCUAAAACAAGUUGUUGAUAUGGGUUGUUGUAUUGUUAUGGCAAAUAAGAAGCCUCUUACAUCUACAAUGGAAGAUUUUGAAAAACUUUACGCAUAUCCGCGACGCAUCCGGCAUGAAUCAACUGUAGGUGCUGGUCUUCCUGUGAUAGCAUCCCUAAAUCGCAUAAUCUCUUCAGGGGAUCCUGUUCAUCGCAUUAUUGGGAGUCUGAGUGGGACAUUGGGGUAUGUGAUGAGCGAGGUUGAGGAUGGAAAGCCAUUGAGCCAAGUUGUGAGAGCUGCUAAAAGUCUUGGUUACACUGAACCGGAUCCGCGUGAAGACCUCGGUGGGAUGGAUGUUGCUAGAAAGGCUUUGAUCCUUGCUCGAAUACUUGGUCAACGAAUUAAUAUGGAUACUAUUCAGAUUGAGAGUUUGUAUCCAAAAGAAAUGGGGCCUGAUUUGAUGAGUGUGGAAGAUUUCAUGAACUCUGGACUUCCAUUGUUAGAUAAAGACAUUCAAGAGAGAGUAGAGAAGGCAGCCUCAAAUGGAAAUGUGCUUCGCUAUGUUUGUGUAAUAGAGGGCUCAAGUUGUGAAGUUGGAAUUCAAGAGCUUCCAAAGAAUUCUCCCUUAGGAAGGCUUCGAGGAAGUGAUAAUGUGUUGGAAAUAUACACUCGAUGUUACACCAGCCAACCGUUGGUCAUUCAGGGUGCUGGAGCUGGUAAUGACACUACUGCUGCCGGUGUUCUUGCCGAUAUUGUGGAUAUCCAAGAUCUGUUUCCUUGAGGUUUUUUGCCUUCAACUCAAAAAGUAAGAGCACAAUUUCUGGGUAUCUUGCCCUGGAAUGUAGCUGAUUUGCUUUGGAUGUAUGUAAAUUGAGAAUUUUGUUAACCGGAUAUAUUACAUUACUCAAUGGAAGAUUGUCAUCGUUGCUUA